AUGGCCUGGGGUGCAAACCACAUCCGGCGUGGGGCCGGCUCCGUCUCCGACCAGACGUCCAACACGGAGCGAUCGUCGCGCACCAAGCGGUCGACGCGCGAAGCUCCGCCGGUGCAGUACCGCGGCCGGCCGCCGCCCGACUCGGAGAGCACGUCCGGCUCGUCGGAGAGCUCACAGGGCACCAAGGUGCCCACCCACGCCGGACCAGGAGGACCCGCCCUGCACCUUGUGCCGGUGUCGGGCGGCGGCCCGCCGACCAUCCGUUCGGCGCAGUCCGUGCCGCUGCUGUUGCCGGGCCCGGCCGGCCCGCUCACCUGGGACGGCGAGCCGUGCCCCCAGCCCGUCGGCUGCGGCGGCCUCAAGAAGGUGCUGGUCAUCUCGCUGGCCGUCGUCGUGCUUGGCGUGAUCCUCGCCGUGGCGUUGAUCUUCAUCAUAAACUGA